AUGUCCUCAGUAACACCGACGCCUCAGGACUCCGGUCUUCCUGCAGCCGCAACGCCGUAUCGAUCCUCGUCAUCACUAUCAAACACUUGUUCUUCGUCAAAACCGACUAUACUACAUCUUGGUGACGAUAUUCGAUGGAAUCAUGAAUUAUAUGCUAAGCUAAAUGACACAUUUAACAUUGUACGGACGCACUCGAUGGGAAGAGAGGAGUUCAUGAAAGCGUUGGAAGAAAAAAGAUGGGGUGAUUUUGUAGGAAUGUACCGUCCCUUCUGGAACACUGGAGGAGAAAUGGGGAAUUGGAACAAAGAGCUGAUCGACCUCCUUCCCACCUCUUGCAAGAUCUACGCCUCAGCUGGCGCAGGCUUCGACUGGGUCGACGUCCAAUACCUCGCCUCGCACGGCACCAUAUACUGCAACAGUGCCUCUGCAUGUACAGAAUCCGUUGCCGAUGCCGCCAUCGUCCUCAUCCUAUCUUGCUUUCGCGCAAUCACCUGGUCCUUCCUCGCAGCACGUUCCUGUGAUCACGAUCAAUUCCGCAACGCAAACCAGAACAUUGCGGCUGUGACGCACAAUCCCAAUGCCAGUACGCUUGGUAUCGUGGGUCUUGGUCGAAUCGGUAUGCGAGUUGCGGAGAAGGCGGCCCGCGCUUUCGAGAUGAAGAUUGCAUAUUACGAUAUUGUCAGAAUGUCGGAUAGGGAGAAGGAGAUUGGUGCAAGGUGGUGUGAAACACUUGAGGAGCUUCUGUCCACAUCAGACUGUGUGUUACUUGCUACGCCGUUUUCGGGGGAGACGCUGCUUUCUGCAAAGGAGUUCAGCAAGUUUAAACAUGGGGCGAGACUUGUUAAUAUUGCGAGGGGGAAGCUAGUGGAUGAGGAGGCGCUUAAUGUUGCGUUGGAUAAUGGGACGAUUUCGGCGGCUGGGCUCGACGUUCAUGCCAAUGAACCAUAUGUCAAUAAGAGCAUGACUCGCCUACCCACCAUAAAUCUCGUUAGUCUUAUCAAUAGAUACGCUCCAGCUCAAGCAUCUAUCUUGCAGCAACUGGAGAUCCGAGAUAUCAUAUCCUUAUCUCGUGUGUGUAAGAAAUUGAGUCAUGUCUACAACACCACAAUCAAAACUCAGUACAACAUCAAUGAUAGCUUGAGGCGGUUUUUCAAUUCACCAAUCGAAUUUCGUAACGUGCAAGCGGAAACUGAUGCCAUCAUCUGCAACAGCACCGCACUCUACUUUUUUCUUCGUAGACCCUUCACAGGAAUAUCGAUAUUUGUGGGCAAAGGAGCAUCUGCUACAAGGAUGCUUGAUUACCUCAAAGAGGAUGGUUGGUAUGAGAUCGGAGAAAAUGCAGCGCAUGAGAACUACGACGAGUUACAUUAUUUCGACAAGCAUACUGCUAGCUGCCCUAACAGGGUAAGGAAGAAUGAGACAGAUAGUUGGAAUCCCUGCUUCUGUCCCCAUCUGUGUCUUGUGGCCACAUGCGAGUCUGCGCUUUUCACUGCGCUGAUCGAUCCACACGUCACAGAAGCACUCAACAUCAUUACGUGGUCACACGCGUAUUCUCUUCUGCCGUAUACAACUUUCAUCCUCAAACGCUCCUUUCUCUUAGAGAAUGCUGUCAAUCGUUCUCCGCAGCGCCUGGGACAGGUAUUGCGGUCUAAGAAGCAUAUCCUCGAUCUACCAACUGAACCUUUAGACAUUCGAGAUGCACAAAAUGCAAGUCCUACUGCCUUUUCACCUCCAGCUCUCUCGAGGCGGCUAGUAUCCCGUGUAGAUCACGGCCAUCGGCGCAUGGGAGAUAGACAUACAUGGACGAUAGCUUUGAACACUGACGGAAUUCGUCAACCGACUAAAUCUACGAUCCCAACCACCUACGCGAGCUUCCGGAUCAUACCUGAGUCCAACCCUCCACCCAUUGAAGACAACCAUAGAAGACUCCGAGACACUCCAUCCUACUACUACGUUCUCUUUAAUUCCGUCGCUGCCCCGUGUUUGAAGUACGAGUACCUUGUCGAUCCUACCGAUGGUGGAAACCCUGCUUGUAGCAUUGUUGCAAGGCGGUACAAAGAGAUUAGCUUUGCCCAGAUAGAGGCAUUGGAAGAUGUAGAGAAGCCACCACGUUGGAUAUCAAAUGGUUCGACUAGCUUGAGACAUGGGUGGGAAAAGUUUGGCUGCGAGAUACCUGUCAGUUGGAAGUGGUACGAUGAUGAGGUUGAGGAAUUGUUGAGGUCGCGAUGGGAUAGGGAUAGCCCGCUAGAGGGACGGCUGAUAUAG